CUACUACAAGGCAAAGCGAAGCGAAGGCAAUGGCUUCUGCUGCGUCCAAGUCCAAGUCCGCGGCCGUCUUGGUCCUCCUCGUCUCCCUUGCCGGCGUGGCCACCACCGUGGACGCCAGGUUCAGGGCCAUGCAGUGGACUCCCGCCCACGCCACGUUCUAUGGCGACGAGGCUACGGCCGAGACGAUGGGCGGGGCGUGCGGGUACGAUAUCACGGCGGGGUACGGCGCGGACACGGCGGCGCUGAGCUCGACGCUCUUCAAGAAGAUGGCCGACUGGCAUGCGGGCAUCGUCCCCGUCAUGUACCGCAGGGUGCCGUGCAUGCGCAAGGGCGGGAUCCGGUUCGCGUUCCAGGGGAACCCGCACUGGCUGCUGGUGUACGUCACCAACGUCGGCGGCGCCGGCGACGUCGGGGAGAUGUGGGUGAAGGGCAGCGGCGGCAUGGUGUGGCUGCGCAUGAGCCACAACUGGGGCGCAUCGUACCAGGCGUUCGGGCAGCUCGGCGGCCAGGCGCUCAGCUUCAAGCUCACCUCCUACACCACCGGGCUGACCAUCGUCGCCGCCGACGCCGCGCCGGCGAGCUGGAGCAUCGGGCUCACGUACCAGGCUCGCGCCAACUUCAAAUAGGAUCGAAGCGAAGGUCUGAGGCACAGCACAAGAAGCAGGAGCUGUGACACUGACAACGCUCUGCGGUGCUCUGCUGGGAUAAUCGUUGCCCUCUACCGUUUUCGUUGCGUCGUUCGUUAUUUUCAGUUCUCUCUAGGACCACUCUCGCGCGUUGCCCCCGUCCAGAGGUGGCUGGUGGAUAGACUAAAGACUAAAGUUGGUACAGCCGUAAGGCCAACUCCAACCGGCCGACCCAACGGACGUUGGAUUUGUCCGCUUUCUAUUAGUUUAUAGAUGGUCUGGAGGGGCGGUG